AUGAAGCCGCCGACUCCACCCGCUGCAGCCCCACCGCCGGCUCGUACGGUUGGAGCAUCAGCACCAGCAGCUGAGGCAACGAGAGGUGCUCCCCACCCUUCUGCGGGUGGUCCGUCCCAUGCGUGUCUACCUAUUCCCGCAAUGAAUCCAGGCGAUGUGCAAGUCCAAGGAGCCCCAUCCGGUGCACACACGUCUGCGGUGGGUCACACUGGUUUAGCAGCCAGCGCUUCCUCCUUCGCAGCCGCUCGUCCCGUUGCUGCAGCAUGUGUUUCAAGGGUAGCAGCGGGUCAGCAUGGUGCAUCUGCUGGUGCUCCGCCAACUGGAGCGGGUCAGCAUGGUGCAUCUGCUGGUGCUCCUCCAGAUGGAGCGGGUCAGCCAGGUGCCUCUGCCGGUGCUCCUCCAGCUGGAGAGGCACAGUCAGGUGCGGCAGCCGGAAUUCCAACAUCAGCAGUGUGUCAGACAGGUGCAGCAGCCGGUGAUCCUACAGCAGCGGCGGGACAGACAGGUGCAGCAGCCGGUGUUCCGACAGCAGCAGCGGGACAGAUAGGUGCAGCAGCCGGUGUUCCGUCAGCAGCGGCGGGGCAGACAGGUGCACCAGCCGGUUUUCCAACAGCAGCGGUGGGUCAGACAUGUGCAGCAGCCGGUGAUCCUACAGCAGCGGCGGGACAGACGGGUGCACCAGCCGGUGUUGCUACAGCAGCGGCGGGACAGACAGGUGCAGCAGCCGGUGUUGCUACAGCAGCGGUGGGACAGACAGGUGCAGCAGCCGGUGUUGCUACAGCAGCGGUGGGUCAGACAGGUGCAGCAGCCGGUGUUCCUUCAGCUACGUCGGGACAGACAGGUGCACCAGCCGGUGUUCCCGCAGCAGCGACGGGUCAUACAGGUGCAGCAGCAGGUGUCCCUUCAGCAACAGCAGGUCCUCCAGGUGCUGCAGCCGUUGCUCCAACGACAACGCAGGCGCUGCCAGGCGCGACCGCGUCGGAUUCAAUCGCAUAUGCAGGUCAGAAAGGGCCCUCAACGAGCGCUACACACGAGAAGAUAUCGGAUGUGGCCAAGACAACAACAGAAGUGCAUCACCUGGGAUUGCGAGUCCCCAGUGCCGCAAUUGUGCCUCAUCAUGCUUCUGUUGCACCGCCCGGUUCGAAUGUGUUGGCCCCUGGACUAGAGGCACGGGUUCAAGCUGCCACGGGCCGGCCUAUCAACGCUCCAGUGGUUCAGCCAAGAAACGAUGUCUGGGAUAUCGGGGGACCGCACACUAAACUCACCAUAUUUCACCCAGGGAUCUCUUGCACCAGGCGCGGUGGGGUUUCCUCCACAUCCGCCGCGCCAUCAGGGCCGAUUGGCCAUGCUCUGCAACCGCCCAACGUUUUUAUCCUCGGAUCUGGACAGCCGCACGCAUCCGUGCAAGUGUCAUUGUCGUCGCAUCGCCCACCGUUGCCUGAUUCUGCUGCUUUCCUCGUGUCUGAUGAGGCGCUCGACAAUGUCAGCGGCCUACCGGGGCACACAGCCGCCUCCCGUGGCCGGACUCUAUCGAGCAUGCUCACCGGUUUCGUGCAGGGGUCCCAACCAUUACUGCCCUCCCCAGCUGCCUCCACAUCCAUCAUGCCCUCGACCCAGGGAGGCGAGAACGGGGAGGAGGGCGCCUCAAGGGGGUUCACGGGCGUCACAAAGAAGCAGGACAAGGACGAAUGGAUCGCUAGGAUCGUCCUGGACCGCACAUCACAGUCGCUGAUUGUCAUCAACAGCCAUUUUGGAUCCGAGGUCGAAGCGGCAAGGUCAAUAGCAGCAGCGUCGCAUGUGAUGUUCAUUCACAAUCCAAUGCGUGGCGAUCUCAUACCCUUGACUGCCAACGACAAGGCAAAGAUUCGUGGGUGUACAACUCAACAGUGUGAGAUUAUGGUCCGAAUAAAGUUCUGGCACAUGUGGGAGGAGUGGAGGGUGCAUUGGCCGGCAGCGAAGGCAAAGUGGGACGAGAAAAUGCGCAGGGCAGAUCGUAAGAGAGCGGCACUUCAAGAUAGCUUGGGCGAGACUGAUGAUCGGCCUGACAAAAUUGCUAGAACUAGAGGUGAAGCUAGUGCAGGGGCGGAGAUUGCAAAUAAACAAGCGGAGGGUGCGGGAUCUAAGGCUGCAUAG